AUGUUAUCAAAUGAUUAUUUUACUGAUAUCAUGAUAUCAGAAAGGCCUACAUUGUAUGAAAAUUAUUAUAGAUGGAAUGUUCCGGACGAGUCUACUCAAUUUUACCGAAGAUUUAGAAGGAAUCUUACUAAUUU